GCCGCGUGUGGCAGACAAAAGCGCAUGAAAAAUUCAUAAGGCGAAUUCCAAAGCGCAACGGCAACAGCAACAAUAGCAACAACAACAACAAAGAGAACAACAGCAACAAGAACAUCGAGCAAAAACUCAACAUGCAAAUUGCCUGGCGAGCAACCAAACAGGACGAACAGACCCAAACAACAGCAGCAGCAACAACAAGAGCAACAACAACAACAACAUCGGUAGCACCACCAGAAGCGACAGCAGCAAAAACACAAUAAAAAUUGCCUAUAAAUGGGCGGAAGAGCAGUAGCAGGAGGAGGAACAGGAGUAGGAGCUGAUGGUCGAGGAAAUGGAGAAGGCCAUGUGGGUGUAGAUGUUGUAGGUGAUGGUGUUGUUGUUGCUGUGCCGGCGACUGCGAUUGUGACUGGGACUGUGGGAGUAGCCGACGCCAUUGGCAUGGAUAUACGCACAAGGACAACAACAACAACAGCAAUAAACAACAACAAAGACAGCAGCAGCAACAACAACAGAAGCAACAGCAACAACAACAACGAAUCAACGUCGACGUCAGUCAAACAGAACAACAAAGCGAAACUUCCGCAUAGGAUGCGACGAAACGGAAGUUAUUUUGGUCGUUUGAACGUACGGAUCUAUCUCAUCUAUUCAUGCUGCUAUCUGCUGCUGAUAAUGGCAGCAGCUGGCAGCAACAAUGUGGUAAAUGGACUCAAAUGCUAUUGCAAUCCAAAGGAAUGCGAUGUUAUACGGGCCCUCGACUGCCCCGGCAAGGGCCUAAUGCUCUGGGAUCCGUGCCAAUGCUGCCGCAUAUGCGCUAAAACGUUGGGCGAAUCCUGCGGCGGACCCGGCGGCUUUUCCGGCCAAUGCGAGCCGCCCCUUCAGUGUGUUACCAAACUGCCCAUUAGCAGCGGUCUCGGCGUCUGCAUGGAUCUGCAACAUUUGACAGCGCUCACAUACAGCCAGCUGAGCAACUGCACUGCGGAUGAGGCGAUUGUGCUGGAGCCGGGCUGUGAGAUAACCAACAAACGCUGCCAAUGCUGGCCCACAAUGCGCACUUGUCUCAGCCAGCUGUCCACUGAUGGCGGCACGCCAAGCAAUUCGCGUUGGCAUUUCAAAAAUCUCGAGGACUGCCAAUUGAACUUGCAAAAUCUGAUUAAACUCGAAUUGGAAUUCGAUGAAGACUAUAAAAUCUCACCGAGUAAAUUUACAUACAAAAAGCUGCGCAGAAAGCGAAAAUCGUUGAGGAAACGCAUCAUCAUUUUGGAAGAUGAAGAUGAUGGUGGCAGCAGCAUCCAGCAGCAGCAGGAGCAGCAUGAAACCGUCUAAAAACGUCCCCCCUUCUAUCUCUUCUCAUAAAUAAAAUUCUUGUACAGAUAGUAUGCUUACUUCUAUGAAAUGUGGCUAUUAUAAAUAUGAUAAUAAACAAACCUAUACAUUAUACAACACAAUACACUUAUACAUGCAUUCAUUCAAACAGACAGACAAACAUCAACACACAUACACACACACAUACGUACGUAUUGGGUAUGGUAAAUAUAAACUAUUGUAUGUAUUGUAUGUAUCCCUAAGACAUUUGUUACUUUAUUGUUUUUUGAAACAAUGUGUGCGCAUACAUAAUGUAUUAUAUAUUGCAAUUUCUAUUCCUAACAAGACAGAAACCUAAAGAAAAAAACAAAAAACAUAAGAAAUACCUACAAAAUAUAUUUGAAACAUUUUACGAAUGUUG